AUGGGGCCGCGCGAGGAGGCCGCGUGCAGGUGGUAUUGCAAGUGUUGCAAGAAUGAUCGCACGGGCAAGCAGUGGUGGAACAUGGCGCAUGCGAAGAAGUGUGUGCUGUGCGGCUUGGCGAAAAGAGUCACGUUCGGGGGCAACGUUCUGCCCUCGGAGCCUUCAGUCCGCGCUGAGCCCAAGAUGCCGCCGUGGAAGAACCAGUCAGCUGAGGCUGCAGGGCAGGCAAAGAUUCGUGAGCUCGAGGCGAAGAUCAAGGAGCUUCAGGCUGAGUCGAAGCGUGGGCUCUUCCUGUCUGGGGACCCCAUGCAAGUCGACGCUGGCGAGAAGGAUGACGAGGCGGACAUGCGCAAGAGGCUCAAGGAGAUUGAUGAGCAGCUGGCGUUUGUGUCCAAGUACAGCAGUGAGUCGAAGGCGGGCGCAUAUUUGGAGUCGUUGCGGGCUGAGAAGGAGAGUUUGCACUGUAAGCUUCAGGAGUCUCGCCCUAUGUAUGCGAAGUUGCAGACCAUGUCGAAUCGGCUCAAGACGGCGGAGAAGCGGGCGGAUGCUUCGAGAGAGUUGGUGGCAGCGAGGAAACUUCAACUCGGUAAGAUGCAGAAGAGUCUGGAGCAGGCUGAGAAGGAUCUCACGGAGCAGGAGAAGGAGGUGGUGUCGCUCAGUGCGCAGGUGCAGGAGCUCACGAAGCAGGCGCCGAUGGCUCCUGAGUCGGCAUCGCUCGACGAGAAGGGCAAGGGCAUGGCCAUGGAUGUUGGCGCCUUGGGCAAGAUGCUUGAGGCGCAGGGCAUCGGCUCGGAGCAGGCGGCGGGUCUGGCGCAGGUGCUGGCGGACAGCAUGGGCACGCUCUGGGUCAAGCGCGAAGGACAGGGGGCGGAGCUGCCGCCGCUGCAGCAGCAGGGGGCGCCCAGCCCAAGUCUUUGGACCAGGACCUUGAGGGGCUUCGGGCUGCUGCUGCUCGUCUGGCGGCUAUGCCUCUCUUCAAUCAAAGUGGACAGCGGCUUGCAGUCGUGCAUGCACCUUAUUGAGAUGCCGCGUAAUGGCAUUCCCUUGCAUGCUUUGCCGCAGCAGCAGGUUGUGGCAGACUCCUGUCUGGGCGUUGAUGAUUGGCAGUGGGAUUUUCAGGAGUUCGACGACGUUGGCUUCGACCAGGACGAGUUCUUCGGUAUCACCGAGAGUUCGACGGCGGUGUCUACCUCUCUGUCGGCCACGUGGGCGUCUACUGGAGGCAGCACUGCUCUGGCGACUGGUCGGCAGUCGAAUAUUGAUCUCAGGUUGAAGGGAGUGAUCACAUCUGCCAAUGUGGAGGGUGCUGGACCUUUCAAAAUGUUCAUGGAGACGUGCAG